UUGAUAUACUAGCUUAGCAAUUAGUAGUUAAUUGAUUUACUAGUUGUAACAACAAAUUAGUUAGACAAGUAGCCUAUAAUAGAAACAACAAAUUAGUUUAGAAAUUAUAGUUAGCCCCUAAUUAUUCUAACUCAGUUGGUUAGAUGACCAAUAUAUAUAUCUAAUUGUUGUAACAGUGAAAACGUGUGAUUCAUCAUUGAGUACACUGAGAGAACAAGUACUCUCAUUUUCUUCUCCCUGUUUCUAAGUUUGCUCUAUUCUCACACUCCCCUUCCGCACCUUCAACAUGGUGCGGUGAGCGUGGAACCCAAAGGGGUGAGAAUAGAAGGAACAGCGAUUGAGGAAAGAGAAGCUCAGGAUUCAAAUCAAAGCACACAUUAAGUGCACGAUCUGAAACCUAGUGAUGGAUCCAACUCAAAAUUCAGAGCAAUUCCGAAUGAACCAAAGCAAUUCCUUCCAAGGUCUCGAUCCUCAAGGUAUCGCGGCGUUCUUGAACCAGAUCUCAUCGAUUCAGGCUCACCUGAACAGGAAUGGCAGCAACCCUAGCCAAGAUUCAUCGAGCCACUUCUACCUUCAUCCUUCUGAAAAUACUGGUAUUCCCCUCAUCCCUACCAUUCUUGAUGGCAAGAAUUACAGUAGUUGGAGCAAUGCGAUGUUGUUAGCCCUAAAAUCGAAAAAUAAGCUGAAAUUUGUUGAUGGAAGUUUAAAGAAACCUGAUAAGAAUGAUCCAUUGUUUGAACUGUGGGAUAGAUGUAAUACAUAUGUCUUAGCCUGGAUUAAAAUCUCGCUGAACCCUGAAAUCACCCGAAGCGUGAUGUGGAACAAGGUUGCAUAUGAGCUAUGGGAGGAGCUAUACGGAACAAGACAAGGAGAAAUGAGCGUGACACAAUACUUCACAAAACUGAAGUCACUGUGGGAAGAAUUUGAUGAUUUCAGGCCAAUUCCACCCUGCAAUUGUGAAUCUGUGUGUACUUGUGGAUUAGGAGAAAUGCGAAAAUAUAGAAUGGAAGAUCAUGUAACUAGAUUCCUAAGAGGACUUAAUGAACAGUUUGCGAAUGUUAGAGCUCAGGUCAUGCUGAUGGAGCCACUGCCAGAUUUAAAGGCUGUGUUUUCUAUGAUGACUAGACAAGAAAGGCAAAACCAGACCAUGGAUGAUACCAUAGACCCCAAGAUCUUAUUACACUCUACCAAUUCCUUCAACACUGCUGAGACCUCACAAGGCAGAGGGAGAGGAAAAGGUAGAGGAGGUAGAUUCCAAGGCUCUGGGAGAGGACAAACGGGAAGAGGUAGAAUGCAGUGUUCAUAUUGUGGUAAAGGAGGCCACACAGUAGAUGUAUGUUACAAGAAACAUGGCUUUCCCCCCAUCUUAGACAGAGAAAUCUGAACUCAAACGGAGGUUUGGGAGCAGUGAAUUUCAGUGCUGAAAUAAAUGGCGAUGGCAUUGAUGAUUCUGGCUGUGUGGAAGAAAAUGGAACUUCCAAUGUUGACUUUACUCCAGAGCAGAAAUCAGCCCUACUAGCUUUACUCAACAGGGGAGAGGCAAAGCAGAUCCACAGUGCUAACCAAAUCACAACCCUGGAACAAGUACCUCAUCAAGGAUUUACUCUCGAAGAAGACGAUUGGAGCAGCUAGAGUGUGUGGUGGCCUUUAUACCUUGAACUGUGAUGCUGCGCGAUCAGAAAUUGUACAGGGUUUUUGGGUGUCUGGCAUAUGCCAGUACACUCCAAGCAAAUCGAAAGAAACUGGAUCCAAGAUCCAGAAGGUGUGCCUUUUUGGGUUUCAAGGAGGGUACCAAGGGAUAUCUCUUAAUUGAUCUAAAGACUAGAGAGAUCUUUACUUCAAGAGAUGUGUCCUUCUAUGAAGAUCAUUUUCCAUACUUAAGCACACACCCUGACCAAAGCACACAUACUGCAUCUUCUAUUCAGUUUAAAACUGACCCCUUUGCAUAUGACAUCAUUCUUCAACCUCACACAACACACACUAAUCAUCAAGCAUCACCUGCAUCCAACUCACACACUGAGACUCUCAAUAAUAAUAAUAAUGCCCCACAAAAUUUCAAUUCAGCACAUACACCACCAAUUCAAUCUCCACAACCUAGUCAAACAAAUAUGCCACAAAAUCACACACUUGCACCUCAACAUGCAUCACCACUGCCCCUGUUAAGAAAAUCAACAAGAAUUCGCAGAGCACCAUCACAUUUGCAAGACUAUCAUUGUCUAAAUGCUACCACUUCUCGGCUUCCACUCCGAAAAUCUGAAAGGUACCCUUUAUCGAAUUAUUUGUCAUAUGAAAAAUUUUCUGCAUCACAUACUGCAUAUUCUCUAGCCAUAUCUUCUAACAUUGAACC